AAAUAUUGUAGAUUUAGUUAUUGUAAUGGAUUGCACUGGAUCCAUGUCAGGUGAAAUAGAAGCUGCCAAAACAACAGUACUUACAAUUUUAGAUAGUUUAAAGGAUCACUUCAAAACUGAUUUGAGAUUUUCUGCCAUUAGUUACAGAGAUCACACUGAUGAUUAUGCUGUGAGAGAAUUCCCAUUUACAAAGAAUUUCGAGAAGGCCAAAGGAUAUAUUGAUACCAUGUCAGCUCAAGGUGGAGGUGACCAUCCGGAAGCUUUGGCUUCAGCUCUGAAAGUUGUCAAUGAAUUGCCAUUUAAUAAGAAGGGCAAAAAGAUCUGUAUUUGGAUUGCUGAUGCUCCACCCCAUGGUAUGAAUAGCAGCGGUGACAGAUACCCAGAAGGAUGCAAGGAUGAGGAAGGAAAUGUCAUUGAUUGGAUUAGAUUGGGAUCUGAUUUACAAGAAAAGGGUGUUGUUUUCUAUACAUUAAUUUGUAAAAGAGCUCAAAAUGAUCAACAAUUAGCUCUUUUCAUGGAUUUCUUGGCCACCAAAACCGAUGGCAAAUGCAUGCUAUUGACAAAUGCCAACAAGUUACCAAACCUAAUUAUUAAUGGCUCCAUUGAAAAUGAUGAAAUGGAUCAACUUAUUGCCCAAAAGAUAGAAGAAUUAGGAGAAGAUAAGGUGAAACAAAUGAAAGAAGAUGAGCUAAUUGAAAAUAUUCAAAAACUUUCUAAAGAUGCCAAGAUUAAUCAUGUUCAAACCUAUGAAGUAGUCUCGUCGAAUACUAAGAACCUUAUGGAAUGUAAAUCUUUAUCAGCUGUAAAUAGAAAUCUGUAUUCUACUGGCUCCAAUAGAGUCGAAAUGAAGGGUGCCGAAUCAGAAUCAAGUUUCGAAUACGGUGCUCAAUCAAGACAAGCUCCAAAGCUUGAACAAUACAAGAAAGCUUGCUCUAGAAAGAUGAACUCAAUGAAUAUGAAAUAAACCAAAUGGAAAUAUAUUUUUUUU